AGCUGAUAAAACAGAGUUGCUAGUUGUAUUCAACUGAGUAAAUAAUGUCAUCAUCUCACUGAGCAUAAUGACUGACAUUUCAAUGAAAGAUGUGUCAUUUUUUAUAUUUGUAAAUAAACGUGUUUUUUUAUUUUUUUAAGUUAAUAAAAAAGUUAAUAUUUUAUGUGAAAAUGCCCAUUAAUUGUAAAUCAAAUUGUGGUAAUAAAGCUGUAUUAAAGCGUCCCAAAACUGCAGAUGCUUUAUGCAAAGAAUGUUUUUUCGCUGCCUUUGAAGCUGAAAUUCAUCAUACUAUCACCUCUAGUAAUUUGUUUAGACGUGGUGAAAAGGUGGCCGUGGCAGCAAGUGGAGGCAAAGAUUCCACGGUACUUGCUCAUGUCCUAAAACUACUCAAUGAACGUCACGACUAUGGACUGGAACUGGUUCUGCUCUCCAUUGAUGAAGGCAUCACUGGCUAUCGUGAUGAUAGUUUAGAGACCGUUAAACAAAAUCGUGAUGAUUAUCAAAUACCUCUGAAAAUCCUUUCGUACGAAGAACUUUAUGGUUGGACCAUGGAUCGCAUUGUGGCUCAAAUCGGCCGUUCCAACAAUUGUACAUUUUGUGGUGUAUUUCGUAGACAAGCCCUAGAUCGAGGAGCUAAAUUAUUGGAAGUCGAUAGUAUAGCCACAGGCCAUAAUGCCGAUGAUAUAGCGGAGACGGUAUUAAUGAAUAUUUUACGUGGUGAUACGGCGCGUUUAAGAAGAUGUACCGACAUAAAGACUGGCGGCAGUGAAGACACCAUACCGAGAGUGAAGCCACUUAAAUACACCUACGAAAAGGAGAUUGUUAUGUAUGCCCACUACAAGAAACUGGUGUACUUUUCAACGGAAUGUGUGUUUGCCCCUAAUGCAUAUCGUGGUCACGCAAGAGCGUUUCUCAAGGAUUUGGAAAAGGUUCGACCGUCCGUAAUAAUGGAUAUAAUACACUCUGGCGAACAGUUAAGAUUUAAGGAUACCGUUAGGAAGCCGGUAAGGGGUAUAUGUGAACGUUGCGGCUUCGUAUCCUCCCAACAGCCAUGUAAAGCAUGUGUUUUACUGGAGGGCCUAAAUCGGGGUUUACCUAAAUUAGGUAUUGGUAAAAAAUCGAAAGGCGAUCGCAUGAUAGCGAAUCAGGACAAAGAGUUGGCUUUGAGAGAAAAAGCUAAUUUGGUAAAAAAUGAUUUUUGAUUAAAUAAAAUACGUACUAAAUGCAUUUUUAAAA